AAUCGAUCCCCAGUCCUCGUUCCCCCUUCCGCUCAGUUCCCAAACCCCUUUCCUGGCACCCAUGGAGAGCCGCACGCGGCGAUUCCUCCUCUUCUAACGGCGGCCGGCGGACGGUGGAAGCGGGCGGAGGCGGUUUUGCUUCGCCGCAUCUUGCCUGCUCUCUUCUCCUCCUCCUCCUUCGUUUCCCAGCUUUUCUAUCCCUGUCCAUCGUCUCCUCUCGUCCGUACAAGUCGACGGCGCCUUCUCUCCUCCUCUUUCUGCCCGUACCAUCAAACUUGUGAAACCCAACCCGAAGAAAGUUGAAAGCGCUCAUGUUGUCGUCUCAAUCGAGAUGAAGAUCACCCAGAGACCAGCGUCUUCGAAUAAUCUGACACCAAAUAUUUGAAUUGCAGAUUCUUUGUUACUCUUGAUGGUAGAUCUUUUGUAAUCCCGUAUAAGAGCUCAGAAAGAAGUCGACGAGACAAACCCUAACACCUGGAACGCCAAGAUCGACCCAAUUGGUGUUCCGGGAGGAAAUGGCACUCUCAAGUUGAAGAAGAAGCAACAACAAAGUUGCAAGGAAAGAUGUGUACAAAACCAUGUAUCAUACAAAGUAGUCACCAAAAUCCCAACAAUGAAGGCUGCUCCUGCUGUGUUGUGAGGAUGGCUGGUGGACGACACGUAGCGUUUCUGCUUUUGAUCACCCUCUUCUUCCCCUCCAUCUUCUCUGAUGCAGGAAUGGCUGCUUCUCGUCCCUCUGCAAUCAAAGCAGGUUAUUGGCCAACGUGGACCUUCUCCUACUCUCCGCCCUCCUCUAUCGACCUCUCCUACUUCACCCACGUCUUCUACGCCUUCGUCCAAGUCGAUCCCACCACCUCCGAGCUCGUCAUCACCCCCGACGGUGACCGCAUGCUGAGAAACUUCGCCGCUGCCAUCCACGCCCACGACCCGCCCGUCAUGGCCUUGAUCUCCAUCGGCGGCGGCGGUAGCCACUCCGCCUUCGCCCCGCUCGCCGCCGACCCCGCCGCCCGCUCCGCCUUCAUCCACUCCACCGUCACCUUCGCCCGCGAGUACGACAUCGACGGCUUCGACCUCGACUGGGAGUUCCCCAAGGACGACAAGGAGAUGGCCGACCUCGGGGAGCUGCUGCUCGAGUGGCGCGCCGCAGUGGAGAGCGAGGCCGUAACCACCGGCCGGCCGCGCCUCCUCCUGACGUCGGCCGUGUACUUUGCUCCCCACUUCUUUCUCAGCAGCGGUCGGCGGUCGUACCCGAUCGACCGGAUGGCCGCGGGGCUCGACUGGAUCAACGCGAUGUGCUACGACUUACACGGCUCCUGGGAGACGUCGGCUACUGGCGAGCACGCGGCGCUGUACGAUCCCAGCAGCAACGUGAGCACGAGCUACGGGCUGGAGUCGUGGGUGGCCGCCGGGAUGCCGCGGGAGAAGGUGGCAAUGGGCAUGCCGCUAUACGGCAAGACGUGGCUUCUGAAGGACCCGGAGCAGCACGGAGUUGGCGCGCCGACGGUCGGCGUGGGCCCGGGGAAGGACGGGGUGCUCGUGUACGCCAAGGUGGAGGAGUUCAACAGGGAGAAGGGGGCGACGGUGGUGCACGACGAGGCGAUGGUGGCAGCGUACUCCUACGCGGGGAGGACGUGGAUCGGCUACGACGACUCGUGGUCGGUGACGAGGAAGGUGGAGUACGCGCGGCGGCUGGGCCUCGGCGGGUACUUCUUUUGGGCGAUCGGGUACGACGACGAGUGGCGCGUCUCGAGAGCAGGUAAUGGAUCGAUCAUAAUACAUAGAGAUGGCAAAGGACGACGCAAGCUGACCGAGUUGACUUUGUUUGACUUGGCAGCCUGGAGUGCGUGGGGACAUUGAGGGAUCCACGGAAGACUAGAUCACGGUGGGAGCAGUAGAAUCUUAUGUUACAGAUGUUGGCUUGCGGUAUGAUUAGUAGGCUGGUAUGCGUGUAUGUUAUUUUCUUUGGUGGCUGUGUAUGUUCAAGUUGGUACGCUCAAAUGGACGUUUCGUUCGCAUUGGUAUGUUCUAAUUUAGAGUUUAGGUGUCGGUAAAAGUAGAACACUGACAUAUUUAUGAAUAUAGCGAAUCUGAUCA